CAACUCCCUAUCCCCCCGCCAGCCCGCGGGUGGCCUCCUCCGCCGCCCCCCGCCCCCCGCCACUGCAGCGCGGGCAGCGAUUUGGCGCUCGCAAGGACUCCCCGCCGCUCUCCCCGCACCGGCUGCUGUUGCUGCCGCUGCUGCUGAAUCCUCGGCGCCGCAGCCCGCAGCCCAGCCCGCGGACACCCCGGGCCAGACGGUGGAGACCCGCACCUGACGGUGCCCGGGACGUGCACUUGGUGCGCAGUCGGGGGGCGGGAGGAAAGGGGAGGGGAGUUCCUGAUUCCCUAGCGGACCCAGCAAGUUGUCCUUAAAAAUAAAUCUCGCCGGCCAGCGGUGGAGCAGCCACUUCGUGAGAGCAGCAUGUGGACUGGCUCGCCGCGUCCGCUGAGUGCUCUGUGGCUGCGGCCGCCGUCAGAGCAUCUGCUGCCAGCAGCAGGAGCCCCGCGCGGGGCGAGGAGCAGGGACGCGCGCCCGCCCCGUCCCCUGCUUACUGCUGGCCGCUCCUUCUCGGGAGGCGGCAGUCACUGUGGCCGCUGAGAAACCAGCCCGCAUUUCCAAGGCUGGUCGCCUGGUGAGGAGUUGAGACUGCACUUCCAGCUGGGACCCACAUGGCUUGUUACCUGGUCAUCAGUUCGAGGCAUCUCAGCAAUGGGCACUACAGGGGCAUUAAAGGAGUCUUCAGAGGUCCCCUCUGCAAGAACGGAUCUCCUUCUCCGGAUUUUCCAGAAAAGGAGACAUCCACAGCAAAGGCCCUGGAGGAUGUAAAGGCAAACUUUUACUGUGAAUUAUGUGACAAGCAGUAUCACAAACACCAGGAAUUUGACAAUCAUAUUAAUUCUUAUGAUCAUGCUCAUAAGCAGAGACUGAAAGAAUUAAAACAACGGGAAUUUGCUCGAAAUGUAGCUUCCAAGUCAUGGAAAGAUGAGAAGAAACAAGAAAAAGCACUUAAACGACUCCAUCAGCUGGCUGAGUUAAGGCAACAGUCUGAAUGUGUUUCUGGAAAUGGACCAGCAUACAAAACACCCCGGGUAGCUAUAGAAAAGCAACUCCAGCAAGGAAUUUUCCCAGUUAAAAAUGGCAGAAAAGUAUCAUGCAUGAAGAGUGCUCUUCUCCUUAAAGGAAAAAAUCUCCCCAGGAGCAGUUCCGAUAAACAACGGUCUACCAUGCCAAAUCGACACACAUUACAAACAGACAGACUUUAUUUGUUUGGGAAUCGGGUACCACAGACAUCUUCAGAUCUCAGUAAUGCAAAUCACAGAACAGGCGUAUCGUUUUCUUUUUCCAAAAAAGUGCAUGUAAAAUUAGAAUCUUCAGCAUCAGUUUUCAGUGAGAACACAGAAGAGACCCAUGAUUGUAACAAGUCACCCAUCUAUAAAACAAAACAAACUGUGGAGAAAUGCAAAUGCCGCAGGUUGGCAAAUGAGGGUACACACCUUUCUAAGGAAGAAGAUCUAAACAUCUCAAACCAUCUGGAAAGUGUUUUACACAAUACGUACUCCAUGAGCUCUCAAAUUUUGCAAGACAAAAAGGACUCUAUUGAUGAAACACUAGAAGAUUCGACUGGCAUUCCUGCUUCAUUCUCGAAAUCUAACAUUCAUCUUUCAGAUGUGGGUUUUACUCCCUCCAGUAGAGGAAAAGAAACUAGAAAUACAUUGAAGAGCCCUUCAGAAAACUGCAUUAAUCACACGUGCCAAGCAAAUGCUUCCUCCAGCCCACCAAACAUUUCCAAGCACAGUGAUGCCAGGAUAUUUGAGUGUCUGGAUGGGUUUCUAUCACUAGAGCCAAGAGAGCAAAACAGUCCAGUGUAUCUGAAUUCCAACUCCAGAAUGGAGAAGAGAGAAAAAUCUUUAGAUGAAACAGAAAGAGUUAGCGAAAAUGUGCAAAGGCUUAUAAGAGAAGCAUGUCCCCAUGAUGUGAAAUCCAAACCAAUGCCUUUCCUCCACGUGCAAAGCAAAGAUGGCCACACCACUCUCCAAUGGCCUACAGAACUUCUGCUCUUCACAAAAACGGAGCCUUGCAUCUCUUAUGGCUGCAACCCAUUAUAUUUUGAUUUUAAGCUUUCUCGGAAUACAAAGGAUGGCCAUGAUCCAGAGGACUCAAAAACAGAAUUGAUAAAGGAGCCCUUAGAAAUGAAGACUAAAAUAGAGAGCCAAGUCUCAGGUUUAGUCAAAGACCAACAAAAAUUGAUCCAAGAAGAUAAUCAAUCUCUGAAACCAAAGAUGAUGAUAGAGAAUCCGGAUUGGGAAAAUUUCCAGAGAAAAUAUAACUUGGGCUACAGUGAUUCUGAGCCAGAUAUGAGUAAACAUAAUUUUAGCGCAAGUGAUUUGGAAACAAAAAGUCCUGAAGUGCCUGCCUGCCUUGAUAUCUCUCUGAAGAACUGUGUAGGAAACAAUAGGAAGCAUGAUAAUGAACUCAAGGAAACUUCAAGGGCCCAUUGGCAAAGCUGCCAAAGGGUAGUACUAAAUGAUGCAAAUGAGGGCCUGUCUUUUACUCCUUACAUCUCUAGGACUAAAAAGCAUAAACUGAUUUCCUGUGGUCCUCAUUCAGCUUUUGAAGAUGGAAAUGAAUUCACCUGGAAUUCUAGUCCUUACACAGUAAGGAGUCACAAUGAUCACGGGAAGAACUUCAGUGUGAUUUUAAAUAGUAACCACAUCAGCAUGACCGGCAGGGUUUCUGCAUGCAGAAACCGAAGUUACAAAAGAAGUUCCCCAAAGUUGUCUCUAAACAGACCUUCUAGCCCUUCAGACACAUCACCUGACAGUACAUCCAGUUUGAGAAGUGCUUGCUCAAGUCACAGGUCCAGUGGUAAUGGCAGAGGCAAUUUGCUCUACUUUUGUAAAAGAGAACACAAUUCAGUAAAAAGGCACAAAGGGAAACACAGAAAGCACAGCUGCCUCUGCUUGUCUGGUGAGAUAGCAAAGAGUGACUGCUUGCCAUCUGAAUCACAGACAGAUAGAAACUGCAAAUUGUGGGAAUCACUUAAAAAUGAAAAAUAUUCAAAACAUAGAUAUGGUCACUGCAGAGAAAUGUAUAAACUGAGCAAAAAUCAACAACAAUUUUCAGGGUCAAAAUCUGGGAGAAUCACCCGUUGCAAUACUAGCUCACAGGUUUCCUGUGCUGGGAACAGUGGAAAACCAUCUAAUUGUCAGGGACCUCAGCACAGCAGAUUGGGCUCUUACCCAAGAGAAAGGAUUUAUUACUUAAAUAAAAGUGAAAGAAGUCAACAGUCUUUGCACAGCCCUCACAUUUGUGAUCUGGAAAAAGUAAAACCCAUGCAGUGUAACUCUGGGAAUAUCAACCGUCUUCUAAGGAAUUGUUCCAGCCACCCUUCAGACACUGCAGAGUUGAACAUUACAGCAGGAGAGAAGACCUCCAUGACAGCCAAAUGCCUCUUAGAAAGAGUUCAAGCCAAGAAAUGUCAGGAACAAUCAACUAAUUUUGAGGUCUCUUCAAACAGUUGCAAACAUGAAUCAGAGGCUCAUUCACAAAUCCAAUGCACAAUUCAGUUUACACCACCAGGCUGUAACAGAUCAGCAUUGCCUUUGUCUGAAAAAAUACAGAACAUAAGUAAAAGAAGAAAUGAUAAAGGCAGUGCAACUCAAAGAACUAUCGAGGAAGACAAAGGCAACAGUUCACAGACAAAUGAUUUUACUGUUUUGGUAGACACUGAUUGUGAUAACCAUCUUUCUAAAGGUAUAAUUCACGUAGUAGCAGACUCUCAGUCACCAAACAUAAAAAAGAACCCAGCAACAAAAGAACAAUCAAAACCUUUAAUGAGUGAAGUCCAGCCUUUUCUUCAAUGCUGUGACCCAGUACCGAAUGAUUUCCCUGGUGCGUUUCCAUCUAAGAGAUAUACUGGUGUCACUGAUUCAACAGAGACCAAAGAGGACCAAAUAAACCGAAACUUACAAGAUGUAAGCAUGCAUGUGAAUCAUGUAGAGGGAAAUACGAACUCUUACUGUGACAGAACUAUGCAGAAGCAUGAAAAAGUAGCAGAUGAAUUCGAAUUGUGUCAUAAAUCUCUCUCUCCCCCUUUAAUUCAACAGCCAAUAACAUUUUCUCCUGAUGAAAUAGAUAAAUAUAAGCUCCUACAGCUACAAGCCCAGCAGCAUAUGCAGAAACAGCUCCUAUCAAAGCAUCUUCGAGGGUUGCCUGCUCCAGGGCCAACUGCCUUCUCUGCAGCCUCAGCGGUGCAGACAGUCCCAGUUCACCAGCAUACUUCUUUCACCACCAUCCACCAUACAUUCCUGCAGCAUUUUGCUGUUUCGGCUUCCAUAAAUUCCCAAAGCAAUCACCUCCCUCUAGCUCGUCUACAUGCUCUUUCACAGCCACAUUUUACUCCAUUCUCAUUUUCACCUCUGACUCCAACCAUCAUCCCUGCACACCCCACUUUCAUAACGGGUCAUCCCCUGCAUUUAGUCACUGCUGCCCCCUUCCACCCAUCUCACAUAACACUUCAGCCACUGCCCCCUGCAGCGUUUAUCCCCACAUUGUUUGGCCCUCACUUAAACCCAGCCACAACUUCUAUCAUCCACUUGAAUCCUUUAAUCCAACCGGUGUUUCAAGGUCAAGAUCUUUGCCAUCAGUCUUGCUCCAGUCAGAUGCAACAGUUAAAUGGAGUAAAAGAGGCCUUAAAUAUGUCAGCACACUUGAAUUAAUAGAUGUGAAAGUCCCUCUUAUGGA